GAUGAUGACAAAAGAAAAGAAAUAGAGGUACAAUAAUGCGAAGUUGCGAAGAAAUGGGACUCUUGAGAUCCUAUAUAAUUUAUCCAGUGACUCUUGACUUGAGAGACGACUCACAAGUGAAGUCAUUCAUAAACCUGUGAAAGAAAGCAGUUUCGAAAGCUUCCGGCAUCAUUCGACUUAUACAGUAAGCCAAGGAGUUGUUGAGUAAUUUGUUGUCUAGCUUGGACUGAAUUUGUCUAUCUUGAGCGUUUCCCUCGAAGCGAACAAUCUUUGUUCUACAAGGUUAUUCUUUGGAUAUAUUCCAGUUUCCAAGAUGUCGAGAAGUGUUAAAACAACUCCGAUAGGUAUUGAUCUUGGAACAACAUACUCGUGUGUUGCUGCUUGGUUUGAUCAACACAAUCGUGUUGAGAUCCUUCCUAAUGAACAGGGUAACAACAUUACCCCUUCAUGUGUGGCUUGUAACGGAAAAGAACUUUUAGUAGGUGAGGGUGCCAAAAAUCAGAUCACCAGGAACCCCACUCAUACCGUUUUUGAUGUUAAGCGUAUAAUGGGGAGCAGAUUCAAUGAUACAAGCUUACAAAAAGACAUAGAAUCAUGGCCUUUUAAGGUAAUACAAGGGUCUAGUGAUAAACCAUUGAUUGUACUUGAACAUAUGGGUGCAAACAAGGAGUUUUCGGCUGAAGAACUAUCUUCCAUGAUUUUAAAGAAGUUAAAAGAGGCAGCCGAGGCAUACCUUGGUACAACAGUUAGAGAUGCUGUGAUUACCGUCCCUGCAUAUUUUAGUGAUAAGCAACGACAAGCAACAAAGGAUGCUGGUACACUAGCUGGCCUCAAUGUCAUGCGUUUGAUCAGUGAGCCCACAGCAGCUGCAAUUGCCUACGGUCUAGACAAGAUUUCGGACCCAAACCACCCACAACAGAAAAACGUGUUUGUCUUUGAUUUAGGUGGAGGGACAUUUGAUGUGUCACUUCUUACUAUCAGCAGGGACGGAACCAUAAGUGUCAAAGCAGUGGGGGGUGACACUCAUUUGGGUGGAGAGGAUUUCGACAAGGCGAUGGUUGAUUAUUGUGUACAAGAAUUUAAGAAAAAACAAAAGAAAGAUAUCAGCAAAAGUGCAAGGGCAAUGGGGAGAUUGAAAGUUGCCUGUGAGAAAGCAAAGAGGGAUUUGUCUUCAACAGCCGAAACCUCGAUUGAUAUUGAUUGUUUGUGUGAUGGAGUCGAUUUUUCAAUGAAGGUCACCCGGGCGAAAUUUGAAGAUCUGAACGCUCGUUUCUUUACGAAGUGUAUUGAGCAUGUUGAAAAUUGUUUGAGAGAUGGCAAUAUGCACAAAAGUAAUGUGGAUGAUAUAGUUCUUGUUGGUGGGUCGACUAGGAUUCCCAAGGUACAACAAAUGUUGGGUGAGUUUUUUGACUGGAAACCACUUUGCAAGAGCAUUAAUGCGGAUGAAGCUGUUGCAUAUGGUGCAGCAGUAUUAGCUGCAAACUUAAGUGGUAAUGGCAAUAAAGCUGUGAAGGAUUUGAUACUCUUAGAUGUAACCCCUUUGUCCCUUGGUAUUACCACUGAAGGAGGAUAUAUGAGUGUUAUAAUCCCAAGGAACACACCAAUACCCAUCAUGAAGGAAAAAAAAUAUCACACAUCGUACGACAAUCAAGUAUCAGCCUCAGUGCGUGUGUAUCAAGGUGAGUGCGGUGAAACGAAAGACAACAUCUUCCUUGAUGAAUUCACUCUUCAUGGUGUUCCACCAGGUCCUAAAGGUAAAGAAAAAAUGAAGGUUUGCUUUAGUAUAGAUGCCAAUGGUAUUCUUGAUGUCUCGGCUGAGUUGGUAUCUACGGGUAAUAAAAGAAGUAUAGUAAUCGCUGGGAGUGGAAAUGUGUCCAAGGAUGACAUCGAGAAGAUGCUAAAAAAGGUUGAGCUUUGUUAGUGUCUCUACUUUCAUGAUGUUUUUAUUGUUCUUAUCAACGCUAAGUUCUAGUAUAUGUUGCUUUCGUUUUUGGAUAUCUAGACGAUGCCAACCGUUUUGGAAAUGCAUUUGAAUUUGCUAUGCUA